CACUAGUAAGAAUCACUAGAGUUAGGUUUCUUUUGUCACAAACUGAGUGAAUUUUACUGAACGGCAGGGGCAGCUGGAGUAUCUUUCCUACCACCUUUGCCAAGAUUUUGUUUAUGCCGUAAAACACUGACCGGUUAUGAAAAUUCCCCACUGGAUGAAAAAUAGAUGACUUUGUUCAAGUACAGGAGGUUAAUUUGUUAAGUUGAGCCCUGUGUUGUGAAGAGACAUGGAGGCUGUGUUUGGACUGUUGGGGAUCUUAGUAGGAGUGUCUCAUGGUAUGGUGACCUCCUGUGAUGCUAGACAGAACAGGUCAUGUUAUGCAGCUCUGGGAGGAACUGUCUAUCUCCAGCUGGUGACUGAUGCCAGAGCAUAUGAAAUCACACUUAAAAAAGACUAUUCUAUACGAAUAUUCCAAAUGAAAGACAAUGAGGUGAUAAUCCAUAACUCCAUUACAGCUAGGUCACACUUCUUCAUCAGCAAUGGGACAUUUAUGAUAAAUAACACAGAAAGGACUGAUUUAGCUCAAUACGUAAUUGUAACCUUUGAUAAAAAUGGAACAUCAUUGGGCACCAGAGGACUACAACUGUUAAUUGAAGCCCCUGUGUCCCCUGCAAAGCUGUCCUCUGAGUGCCUGUCUAAUGGAGAGGUGAGGGUGUCCUGCUCCUCUGAGGGGGACGGUCCCCAGUACAGCUGGACUCUGGAUGGACAACCACUGAGAGACAUUGAGGCCUCUCCUGGUGACAAGACAGACACCAUCACGCUGAAGAAAGGCCAGUCUGGAGAUCUCACCUGCACCGUCAAAAACAACAUCAACAGUGUUACCACCAGCAAGAGAAUCUCGCACUGUCCAGCACUCAUAUACAUUAACUGCACCAAACCCAACAAGACAAAGACAGCAGAAUGGGUGAUUGCAGCUGGUAAUACCCUGUGUGCUAAGCCUACACCAGUGGCAACCACGACUGGGACUGAGGCCUCCACCAGUAGAACAACCACUGUGAUCAUCUGGAUGGUAGCAGGGUCUCUGGCAGCAGUGGUUAUUGUCCUAGUGAUGGUGUUGGCAGUUUACUGUGUCCAGAAGAGAAAUAAACCUUCAAAGACGCCAGCUAAUGAUGACAGCCAGGUUGUGGAAUACGCUGAUGUCAGGAUACUGAAGAAGCAGAUGAGACAGAAGGAGAGGGAGGCGUCGAUCGAGGUGGAGUAUGGACUGUUUAAAACAUUACAGGGUCCCCGGCGGAAGGUAGACACACCUGACACAUCUGAGGAGGAGGACUGUGUAUACGCCAGGGUACAGAAAGGCCAGGAAGCAAGGUACUGUCUAGAUUCAAUAUGAUAGAAUAGAAGGACACAGAGUUGAAUCUGUCACGGCCAUCUUCCUGGAAGGAAUAAGAUGACCAAAGUGCAGUGUGGUGAGCGUACAUUUUCUUUUAUUGAUAAAAAUGUUGGCAACAAAAUAAAGGAACGACCGUGAAGCUUAACAGGGCUAUAGUGCCACUAACAAAGAUAACUUCCCACAAUAACAAAAGGGAAAAUGUCUGCCUAAGUAUGAUUCUCAAUCAGAGACAACUAUAGA